UCGCGAUGACCGUCGUCUCCGUCCCUCAGCGGGAGCCGCUCCUCCUGGGCGGCCGUCUGGCUCCCCUGGGCUUCCCGGCCCGCGGCUACCUGGGGAGCCUCCCGCUGAUGACUUCGGCGCCGCCGCCCGCGCCCCCCCGGAUCCCGGACCCCCGCGCGCUGCCCCCCACCCUGUUCCUCCCGCCCUUCCUCGCGGCGGGGGACGCGCACGGCCUGGCCCCGCCGCCGCCUCUCCCCGGCUGCGGCCUGGCCGCCGCUUCCGCCGCCGCCACCGCGCGCGCCGCCCCGAAGAAGCGGCGGAGGAAGAAGGUGCGGAGCAGCCCGGCGGGGCAGCUGCCCAGCCGCUUCCACCAGUUCCAGCAGCACCGGCCCAGCCUGGAGGCGGCCGCACGGAGCCCCGCGGCGGGCCCGCAAGUCCCGGAGCAGGCCGCCGCCAACGCCUCGUUGAGCCCGGCCCCCGCGCGCGCCGCCAGCCGCCCCGAGGACGCCGCGCUCUUCCCGGGCCUCGUCCCCCUCGACCACCCUUCCUUGCGAAGAGAGGUUUUAAAAACAAAGAUGGGAAAACCAGAGAAAAUUGUUAUUCCUUAUGGCCAACUUGUUCAUGGUGUACACUUCUGUGAACAACCAAAGAUAAACAGACAGAAAAGCAAAUGCCAUUUGUCACUCACCAUGAUCACCUCAACAAAAAGCAAUGAAAACAACCUUUGUCGGGAUUCUGUUUCGUCUGAUAUGAUUCAAAAGCAGGAAAAAAAGCCUUUUAAAAAUACGGAGAACAUUAAAAACAUGCAGUUGAAAAAAUCUGCAUUUCUAACUGAAGUAAGCCAAAAGGAAAAUUAUGCUGGGGCCAAGUUUAGUGACCCACCUUCUCCAAGUGUUCUUCCAAAGCCGCCCAGCCACUGGAUGGGAAGCACUAUUGAAAACUCCAACCAAAAUAGGGAGUUGAUGGCAGUCCACUUAAAAACUCUUCUAAAAGUUCAAACUUAGAUCUCAGUAUGUACGUAAAAAGUUUUUCCACAAUCCCCGGACACUUAAAUUGGUACAGAAAAUGGAAAUUGCCUUGUUAAAAUAUGCAAGUGCAAAAGGCAAGCUUAAAAAUGACAAACAGCUGUAUUAUAUUUUCCAUUCUGUAAAUACUGUAUACCAUGUAUUAUGUGCAUAUUGUUCAUACUUGAAAAGGUACAUUAUAGUUUUGUUAUGAAAGUGUAUUUUGCCCUGCCAAUGGUAGAGGUAUUUUGUAUAUAUACAAAGGAGAAAGUAUGCUAAGGAACAUAAAAGCCCUAUUUGUACUAGGUA